AUUCAAUAGAUUACUGAGAUAACAUAAUAAACAGAAAAGAUGAUAAUUUGCAACAACUACUCUUCCAGACUUCCACCUGACUCACUUCUACUGUCACUCCAGGAAUUGGCCAAGUGAAACCACUUCCUAAAGCGUAGUAUAGUGGGUUUGGGUUUAAAUGUCAACCCAGGUCCUAGAUUUGAUGACUACUCAGUGAAUUCUUGUUAUCUAGCAAUGAAACUUUAAUGCAAGCCUAAACUACCAAACAAACAAAGCAAGUAAACUAUUGUAUUCAGGUUAAGAGAGGUCACCCGGAUAUGGUUCCCCCUAGACUGCAGUUAAGCCGGAUUGUAAUCACCAAGUUCAGUUUCUAUGAUGGUUAUACUGCGGAAGGUUCUGAAACAGCCUGAAGUCUCGACUAAAGGUCUUCAGACCCUCUCAAUCUGAGUCUCUAGCAGGCGACUAACCUCCACCGGAGUAAACAGAUUGAGGCCCUAUGAACAAAACCUCCUUUACCGAAGUGAAUAUGGUACAGAAUAGUGAGUUGGCUCCUCGACUAAAGUCACCAACUCCCUACCUUCAAUCAAGGAUGCUCUAUCAACCUAGGCAGAUAUUCUCAUUCUAGGUUAAAGCAGAAACAACAGGAAUUUGAUCAGGAUUCAAGUCAUUCAAUCAUUCAAACCUCAAUCGAAUAUAAUCAAAUCAUAGAAUCAGUACUUGGGUUCAUACAAUCAAACCUAACAUACAAAUCUAGGGUUCUCCAUACCCAGAUGAAUGGAAGAACUACUCCAUGGAGAAAGAAGCAAAAGCAGAAUCAGACGCGGAAUUCAUACUGUGAAGGAUGGAUUCCUGCUCCUGGACGUUGAUCGGCACUUCUCCAAGCUCAAGCUGGCCUCCAAUGGUGAUGAAGAUCAGGCUAGGGCACUUGGAGACUCUUGUUCGUCACUUUCUCUCUCUAGGGCACUUGGCGGACACGGCCGUGCUUUCAGCCCGUGUUUGCAGCUUGAAUUUGCCAAACUCAAUUAGCAAUCAGCAGUAAAAGCAAGGCCACAGAACACGGCCGUGUUCUGUUUUAGGUGUGCCCGUGUUUUGGCUCCAGCUCGACGAAAUGACUUUCGAAUGCCCCGAAACUCGUGCUUAGCCUUUCCUUUGAUGCCUGGGACCUGAAAUAUGACAAAGUAGCACAACCCGGCGUAAAAUAUGCCAAAAAUACACGACUAUGCCCCUCAAACGGAUAAGAACUAGGGGUGCAAAUAUGUGCAAUUACAUCGUUAUCAAAUUCCCCCACACUUAACCGUUUGCUUGUCCCCAAGCAAACCUAACUCAAACAAAUGCAACUCUCCAGACCUCUAUAGCAACAAACAACCCAGAUCGUAGGUAGAGGACUUCCUAGAUCAUUUAGCAACUUACGAGGUCAACCGACGCACAAGUCAUCUCAUAGCUUCUUCGGCGAGAACACUAGUAUCGAGUCGGCAUCAUGGCAAAUAGUGAACAGAGGACAAAUGAAUUGUGGAUGAAGAGAUUCUCAAAAACAAAGGAUCAUGGACUCA